UUGGGAAUAGCAGUGGUCUUUCACAACAAACAUGGCCGCCUCCUUGUCGUACAUGUAAAUAAAUAAUAAAGUUAUCAUUGCACGGUUCUCACUGUUGUCGUAAAAGAUCUACAAAAUGAAAUUUCAAAUUAUCGUAUUGGCUGCUUUUUUGGCUUUUUCGUCUCUUGGGGUGACUGCAACGGAAAAUCUGGGCGACUUUUUCAAGAGCGGCCACACGAACAACUGGGCCGUGCUGGUGGACACGUCGCGGUUCUGGUUCAACUACCGCCAUGUGGCCAACGUGCUGUCCAUCUACCGCAGCGUGAAAAGACUCGGCAUUCCAGACAGUCAAAUCAUUCUGAUGGUUGCUGAUGACAUGGCUUGUAACCCAAGGAACCCGCGACCAGGGCACGGCGGCGACGGAUUCCUCAAGUUUCAAGACGCGGAGGAAGUGUCGAAUGUGGAGUUGGCCGACGCCUUUGAGCAAAUGUGGCAGAAACAGAGGUAUCACGAGAUUUUCUUCAUGAUCGACACGUGUCAGGCCGAGUCCAUGUUCCAGAAGUUCUACUCACCGAACAUUCUCGCCGUCGCCAGCAGCAAAGUGGGGCAAGAUUCCCUGUCGCACCACGUAGACCCGGCCCUGGGUGUGUACGUCAUCGACCGCUACACGUUCUACGCCCUCGAGUUCCUGGAGAACGUCCGGCCCGGCUCCAAGAAAACCAUGGCCAAUUUUUUCACGGUGUGCCCGGAGCGCCAGUGUAUCAGCACGGUGAGCACACGCACAGACCUGUUCCCCCGAGACGUGUCGCAGACCCUGCUCACAGACUUCUUCGGCAGCGUGCGCAACGUGGAGCUGCUCACAGAAACAAUUUCCCUGGAGAAGAUCAACAGAAGUGAGGUGGUCAGAAAGGAAACAUGCAGCAAAGAGUCGUGUUCAGAAGGUCGUGAGAAGAGCAAGUUGUCGUACCCAGACCAGAUCCCGCCGGUGCUCAUGUGAUGUGUGUGUGUGUGUGUGUGUGUGUGUGUGUGUACACCUAAGUAUGUUCAUGACUGUGUUCUACGUAAAGGAUCAACGUGUGUAUGUUCAUGAGUGUUCUGUACCCUCGUCUGUCUGUCUGUCUGUCUGUCGGUCAUUCCAGGAGAGGAGAAAAUUGUCAAAGUGUUGGGGAAUAAAUGAAGUUGUCAAAUAUGUAUCAGAUGAACUGUAUGCUUGUAUUGAAUUUUAAUGUGAUUAUAAAAAUAGCAUAGGAAUGUUUGUACUUGUACAUGAUGAUGUAUUUACUUUUGAUGUGAUUAUAAAAACUGUAGGCCUACAAUGUACGAAUGUUUGUAUUUCAUGUUGCUGUGAUCAUGAAAAAAGGAAGCCACUCAGUGAGUGUUGGGGUGAAUGUGUGUGUGUGUGUACGCGUGUGUUGACGUGAAUGUGUGUGUGUGUGUACACGUGUGUUGACGUGAAUGUGUGUGUGUGUGUGUGUGUAUGCGUGCUGACGACAUUGUCUUGGAAGUUUUCUGUUUCCUUAGCGUUUCAUGACCCUUGAAAUUUCCUGUGUUGACAAAUUAAACCUGUUUGUUUUUACUUUAC